AUUAAACUCCUGAUAUCCCUAAUGAAUAUGUUUCCAUCCUAAUUUCAUGAAGCCUCUUACUUAUUUGUGUCACUAUUUGUCCUUGUAACGUUCACGCGCUGCAUUCCAACGCAAUGGCUUCGUGGGAAGAUCAGUUAGAUACAAAUGGUUCUGUCACUACAAAAUUUUCCCAGUUGAAUGUAGAUGCUCCUGAAUUUAUACCCGGUCAGCCAUUUAUUUUCAAACCACCCCCAAUCCCUGAAGUAGUCCCUUGCAUCCCUCCUGAGGUUGAAACUCCAAGUGAAUCUAUACCAUCUAGUGAAGUACAAGAAGAAGACGUUAGUUUAGAUAAAGAAGAAGAUGUUCCUAAGAAGACGUUAACCAUUGUCCCAGAUAAAGAUACACUUAAUUUAGUGUUCAUUGGUCAUGUGGAUGCAGGAAAAUCUACAAUUGGUGGCCACUUACUGUUUCUAACAGAUAUGGUCGAUAAGAGGACUUUGGAAAAAUAUGAGCGUGAAGCUAAGGAAAAAAAUCGGGAGUCUUGGUAUUUAUCUUGGGCGUUGGAUACAAAUCCGGAAGAGCGAGACAAAGGGAAAACAGUUGAAUGUGGACGUGCCUACUUUGAGACUCAAAAGAAAAGGUUCGUUUUGAUUGAUGCUCCCGGUCACAAAUCCUUUGUACCUAACAUGAUAUCAGGAGCAGCUGUUGCCGAUAUUGCUAUAUUGGUUAUAUCAGCGAGACGUGGAGAGUUUGAAACAGGGUUUGAAAAGGGUGGACAAACAAGAGAGCAUGCUUUGCUAGUAAAAACUGCCGGUGUUAAGCAUCUUAUUGUAGUAGUCAACAAAAUGGAUGACCCGACAGUUUUAUGGGAUGAAGUCCGUUACAAUGAAUGCAAAGAUAAGAUUUUACCCUUUUUAAAGAAAAUCGGCUUUAACAUAAAAACCGAUGUUUACUGUAUGCCGUGUUCAGGAUUUGAUGGAGCUUUCCUUCGUGAUAUCCCCAGUGAAUCAGUCUGCUCGUGGUAUAGGGGUCCGAGCUUAUUGGAAUAUCUUGAUAGUCUCCCUAGUUUCUCUCGAAAAACAGAUGGCCCUUUGAGGCUUACUGUAACUGACAGGUACAAGGACAUGGGCACGUACGCUUCUGGAAAAGUCGAAUCUGGAUCGGUGUCGAAAGGUGAAACCAUAGUGUUGAUGCCAAACAGAGUGAACGUCGAAGUUAUGCAGGUAUUCGUAGGCGAUGUUGAGGUUAACAGCGCUGCUGCUGGAGAACACUGCAAGCUCAAAUUGAAGAAUAUUGAUGAGGAAGACAUCAGUCCAGGCUUCUGCUUUUGCUCUCUCAAUAAUUUCUGUCAGGUUUCAAAUGUAUUUGAUGCUCAAUUACUUAUUCUCGAUUAUAAAUCUAUCAUAUGUCCAGGAUUUAUGGCUGUGCUUCAUAUUCACACGUGUAUGAAAGAGGUGCGCUUACGCACAAUUAUCUGCAAAUUAGAUAAACGAACAAAUCAAAAAACAGAAAUAUCUCCUAGAUUUAUUAAACAACAUGAUGCUGCCAUUGUUAGAUUUGAAGUUAUAGGUGGUGCAAUUUGUUUAGAAAAAUUUCAGGACUUCUCACAACUUGGUCGUUUCACCCUACGUGAUGAAGGAAAAACAAUCGCACUUGGGAAAGUUGUAAAAAUUGUCAAUCCAAUUGAAUUCGACCAGUGAACAUUGUAUAUUUUUUAAUUCACAUGAAUAAGACCACCUGCUAUCCUUGAUAUAUAUAUGCAAAGAUAUAUAUAUAAAUGUGAUUUGAUUGGAUUAUUUUGCUUCUUAUUUCUAACCAGUGAAUUGGUGAACUGCUGUCAUUAUUAGGCACGAUUCUGAGUCUUUCUUCAUAAUACUACUACUAAUACUAAUAAUGAUCACAAUGCACUUAUUUUCAGUUCUAGUAGCCCUUGCUUUAGUCAGAUUUAUCAGAGAUUGAACUUAGGUAGGACUAUUCAUAGUAAUUCUUUUCUGGACCCUGGACCCACGGUGUAUGAUUACAACUGACCUGAAAUUUAUUGAAACUAGAAUUGUCGCUUUCUAUAUUUGUCUAUUUUGUUUUCAACUAAAUACUUUGAGCACUGUAAUUUUUGUUUCUUCAUUAUAACUUACAAAGUCGACAAACCUUUUUUUAAAACUUCGUGCAUAUUACAUAUCUGUGAGGAGAAGUCUUACAGUCAAGGAAUUUUAUUGCUUUUAUGUCUGAUUACUUAUUGUUAUUCUGUACUAUUCUUUCCCAUUUCGGUGUACGACUUGAGAUAGUCAUUGGGAUUGUAUCUUGUGUAAACGGUAAAUAGAAUGUUGGCGAAGCUAUUCAAAUGCAUCAGAGUGUGUCCAAACUACUAGUUUGUUUUGAUGUCCACCUGA